CCUCCCCCAGAGAACCCAGGUGCCCGGCCCUGCCCCAGGGAGCGCAGGCGUGCGGGUAACCCGAUCGGGCGCGGACGUGCGGGGCUCCCCGUCGCGGCCCCGGCACACAAUGGUGCCCCUCCCCCCUCAAGGAAGUGCCCCCGCUCCCAGGCUGGAGGCGGAGGGGGGGUCGGGCCCCCGGGUCCCAAUAAAGCUGAGCCAGGCCCGGCCCUUGCCCCAGAGUGGCUCAGAGGGGGCAGGGGGAGGCUGGGGGGGAGGGGGGCAGGAUUGGGCCCCCACUAAGACCAGGCAUGAUCCCAGCAGGGGGUAAGUGGGGGCCCGCGUGCCUGGGGCCCCUAGGGGGUGACCCAGACCCUUGGGCUCCCUGGAGGGGUGGUUGGGAACAUCCUAGGGUGGGGGUGUCCUGGAUGCCUGGGUUUUUGAGGGAGGGGAUGGGGGCCUGGAUGCCCGGUCCCCCCCACCCACCGCGACUCCCCCAUGCAGCCGGGACUCUCCUGCUCUGCCUGGUGCUGGCCCAAGCAGCUGCGGAUCCCACUGCCAACACCAUUGCCCAGGCCUACAGCCUGGCCCGGCUGCUGCAGGCCGACGCCACCGACUUGCUCCAGGCCUAUCUGAGCGCCCAGGGGCCCCCCUUCAGUGCCCCUGGCUUUGCAGCGCCGGCGCUGGGCUGGGCUGGGGUCCCUGGCGCUGCCCUGCCCUUUCCUGCCUGGCGGGGCCUGGGGGACGGGGAGCGUCUCCGUGGCAACCAGGUGGCUUACGCGGCCUACGAAGCCUUCUUGGCAGUAGUGGCGGACGACCAGGCCCAGCUGCACCCGGGGAGGCCCCAGCUCCUGGCUCACCUGGCCCGGGCCCGGGCCCGGGUGCGGGGCCUGAGAGCUAGCCUUGGCGCCGUCAUGGCUGCUCUGGGCGUGGUGCCAGGCACUGGGCCCCCAUUGGUUGCCAUGGCAACCGCCAACCAGGCCUCAGCCUUUGAGAGGAAGUGCCGAGGCUACGUGGUCUGCCGCGAGUACCGGGCCUGGCUGGGCCGCACCGUCCGGGACCUCACCCUGCUCAGGGCCAAGUACCUGGCCUAAGACGCCUCCAUGCCACUUCCUGUGGGCUGGCAAGAUGGCCACCCCCACUUCCUGUUGGUGUAGGUGACAGCCAAGCCACUUCCUGUUGGCAUGGACAAUGGCUGGAGGCACUUCCUGUGGGCCUGCAUGAUGCCUGACUCUACUUCCUGUUGGCCUAGGCAAGAGCCAAGACACUACCUGUUGGCCUGGACUUCCUGGUGGCUUACAGUGGCCAUCCUACUUCCUGUUGACUGCUCCAAUGGCCACGCCACUUCCUGUUGGUCCCUGCCAUCACCAAGGUACUUCCUGCUGGCUGGGCAGACUUGCACCUCACUUCCUGUUCACCCUGCCAAUGGCCAGCACUCUUCCAGUUGCCCUUUGGCCGUGCCCCAAGGUCCCUGCGGGCAGGGUUGAGCACUUCCUGUCCCAAAGGCCUCUCUGCCCAUUUCACAGAUGGGGAACUCAGGCAAGACCACACCUGAGCGGUCUGGCCUGGCUGGACAAGGUGAAUCCUCUCUCUCUUGGGACGGCGGCCACGCAAAUGACCUUAGUUAAUAUGCAAAUCUCCUGUGGCAGUGACAGGGCAGGAGAGAGGGAGGAACGAACUGUGCCCGGUUGGUAGCAGCCAUUUAAAGAGCAGCUGGAUGUCGACUGUCUGGGCGUCUCCACGCAGCCAGCUCUUGGGUGGGGUGGCUGGAGACUGUCUGCAUAUAACACUGGAGAGAGGGACUGUAAUGUGGCCAGCUCUGGGGUGGAACAACUGAGGUACGGCAGCAUGUAAUGCUGCAUAGGGAGACAGGGAUGCAGCCAGCUCUGGGGUGGACUUGAGGUAUGGCUGCAUAUAACACUGCAUAGGGAGGGUUGGGAUGCAGCCAGCUCUGGGGUAGAAUUGACUUACACCUGCAUGAAACACUGUACAGGGAGACGGAGAUGCAGCCACCUCCGGGGUGGAACUGAGCUACAGCUGCAUAUAACACUGUGUAAGGAGGGCCAAGAUGCAUGUAGCUCUGUGGUGGGGUGACUAGAGAACAGCUACAUAUAACACUCCAUAGGCAGGCGGGGAUGCAGCCAGCUCUGGGGUGGAGCGGCAUGGGGGGCGGAGACUAGCCACUUGGCUUCUCCCCCUCACAACCAGAGAAAUUGACCAAUCAAAGCCCCCUGGGGCUGUCUUCGAGACCACGAAUCAGCACGAGUCAUUGUCACCCUCCUUUAAAUAAUUAAUAUAUGCAGGUGUCCACCACCCGUGUCUGGUCACCCCCCGUCAUCCGUCCACCUACUACCCACCAUCCCUCUCACUUACCUACCCGGCACCUCUGGGGUGGGACCACUAGAUGGCAGGUGCAUAUAACACUGCAGGGGGGAGCUGAGAUGCAGCCAGCUCAGGGGUGGAAGGAGGAAUGGCUGCACAUAACACUGCCUACAGACACCCCAGAUGCAGCCAGCUCUGGGGUGGGGAAGGGCUGCACGUAACACUGUGGGGAGAGUUAGGAUGCAGCCAGCUCUGGGGUGGAGACGCUGGGGAACAGCGGCACGGGGAUGCCUGGAAACCAAUCAAUUAAAGCCCCUUGGGGCCGUUUUCAAGA